AUGCUACCCAGAAAUUUAUUGCAACCGGAUAACCAGGGACUCUCGGUUCUUCAUCAUGCCAUUCGCGCCGCCGACCGUGAGGCCAUCUUCUUUAUGAUUCAGAUAGGCGUUGACAUGAAUACUCGCAUUCAGGACUCAGAAGAGUUGACGCCAUUACAUCUGGCUGUAUUGACCGGUGUCCCAGAAGAUAUCAUGCGUAGCCUGGUGAGAAUUUAUUCAUUGGAUUACUCAACCAAAUCACCUCUUUUUAGUGGAUUCAGUGGGCGCCUGUAG